AUGUUGACUCUGCAGGCCGAGGACCAUGAUACUGUAGCAGAGCUUGAGCACUGCGUGGCAGAAGCGCUUCGCAAGGUCUCGAAGGCGCCAGUGGUUGCUGCUGCCGCUGCCAAGCUAGUGCUUGGAGGUUGUGGCACCACACCCAGCACAGCCUCUGAUGCAACGUCAGCAAGAGGCGAAUCGAUUCCGAUUGACCCGAAGAGCGGCGGUCUGCUCAAUGCGGCAGCUGCGGCUGCUGAAGCGCGGGUCGUGGAUGACGGUGCCAGUGGUGUGGAUUGGGAUGCAGGCAGCAGUAUCUCCUCCCAGCAACCGACACCGGUGGGCUCACCUAGGAGUCCACCCUCGGAGCUGGAGGUGGCUACAGAGCCAGCCAAGAAUCUCCCGCCCAGCAGCUGCCGCCUGGAAGAGCAUGCCAGCGAAGCACAGGCGCCGGGCUCUCAGCCUGUCGCAGAGGAGCCUUUCUUGGAUAGGACUCCAGGAGGAGGAGCAUCCCUGGUCCCCGCCGGCGCGCCGCUUGCGGGACAGGCGAACACCUCAGAGGUGGUUCUUCCCUGGCAGGCCGCCAAGAAGGCGAAGGGCAAGUGGCCGAAGCGUUGGCUCUUCGGGCUCUGUGGCUUCAGCAGACAUGCUGCAGGUCAAGGAGAUCCUUCCAAGCUGAGAUGUCAACUGCGGCUUGCGCGGGAUUUCCAAAGGGGCGACCUCAUUGGUGCUGGCAGUUACGGCUGUGUGUUUGCAGCUCGCCGGAAGACCACUGGGGAGAUAAUGGCCGUCAAGGAAAUGCUGCUUGAUCGGGCUGGGAUCACCAAGGAGGAGCGCAGCGACCGGCUUGUGAAGCUGACCCGCGAGCUGCGUCUCUGCGAGCAGUUGGAGCAUCCCUUCAUCGUGAGUUACUUUGGCCAUGAGUUUGUCAUGGGUGCUCAGGGUGGCCCUGAGAAGUUGCACCUCUUCCUCGAGUACUGUAGCGGCGGAAGUCUGGCAGCGCACGGCUGGCAUGUUGCUUUCGGCACUUGGUGGGAAGGAACACAUGACAUGAAACCCUGUGCAACUCUUGCAGCCUCAGUAACUGCUUUGAGUUCGGUAAUUAUGUUUAAGUACUGA